CUGUAUGAUUGUCAGUACCUACGGCACAACCUCCAUUGAAGACAUAUCUACUGCCUCGCCUGGGGGUCUGAAGUGGUUUCAGCUGUACAUCAUGCCUGAUAGACAGUUCACACAGAGACUGGUGCAGAGGGCAGAGACGGCCGGAUACAAGGCUCUAGUGGUCACCGUAGACCUGCCGGUUGUAGGGAAGAGAUAUCCUGACCUGACGAACAGAUUCCAGCUUCCUCCACAUCUCAGUGUGCCCAAUCUACAGGGACUAGAGUCAUCAGCAUCUCAGUCCAAAGAUGAGAGGGACUAUGGCGGUGGUGCUAGUCCUGAGGACCCCGCCCUCUCCUGGAAGGACAUUGAUUGGCUGAGCUCCAUCACCAACCUGCCAAUCAUACUGAAGGGCAUCCUGACAGCAGAGGAUGCUGGGAUAGCCCUAGACCACCCAGGUGUGAAGGGGAUUCUUGUGUCCAAUCACGGAGGGAGACAACUGGAUGGAGUUCCGGCUACUAUCGAGGUUCUUCCAGAGAUAGUUGCUGCUGUAGGAGAGAGGUUGGAAGUGUACCUGGACGGAGGUGUCAGAACUGGAACAGAUGUUCUAAAGGCCCUGGCACUGGGGGCACGGGCUGUGUUUGUGGGACGGCCUGCUAUCUGGGGACUGGCAUAUAAUGGAGAAGAUGGUGUGGCUGAAGUGAUGACAAUACUCCGUAGUGAGCUGGACCUAGCCAUGACAUUGUCAGGUUGUAGGAGCCUUGCAGAGAUAAAUCGCUCUCUGGUGGUUGGAGAGGAGUACUACAGCAAGUUGUGACAUUCAUAGCUCACAGGGACUUGUGCUAUGGACCUAACAGAAUAUUUCUGACUGACAUGGGACAGAAUUGCAUUGAAGAGAAAUAAAGAUGUAAAAUGAAAAUAGUACAUCCAUGUAUCUAAGUUUAAUGCCAGCUGUUUUCUUUGGGUCAAAUGCAUUUGCCUCUUGCAAUUGGAAAUAUACAAUAGUCUAGUAAAUGACAAAAAUGUAAAUGACUAUAAGAAAGGUUGCAGAAUUUUCCAUUGUUAAGAUCUAUAUUACAAUACAUCCACAUAUUUUGACCUCAAAGUGGUAAAAUCAGUAAGUUAUGACCAGAAAGAAAUUUCUCAGCAGAAAAUUAAUUGCUCAGUGAAUACGGAAUAUAAUCAUAUGCAGAACAUUUCAUUGCAUGAAAUACCAUAUCCCAUUCUGGGGGUCAAUGAACUUAGGAACAUGACAGAUGUUCAAAGUGAAAAAUGGAAGAAAAUAGUGACCUUAACCUUUAUUGUGCCUAAACACUUGAUGAAACACAAUGAUGACACCUAAAGUAUGUUUUUUGUAUUACUGCUGCAAUACAGAAUUGUUUUAACCACGAACUUAAAUUCGCUGAGCAAAAACCAAAUCUUAAUGCGAAGUCCCUGAAAAAAUAAUUGACUUUAUAGUACUGCAAUUCACAGUAUGUAAAAAUCAUUAUUCCCCACUUACUAUAUACAAAAAUCUGACUCCUAGAAAAAGACCUUGUAUCCAGUGUACAUUACAGAGGUAUUCUGCACUAAGAGUAGUAAGAUUAAAGGUAUGUGAAAUA